CCUCCUCUCCGGCAUGGCGGCGCUGCGGCGGCUGCGGGAGGCGGCGGCGGUGCUGGGCGGCGGCGGGCUGCUCUUCGCCUCGGCGCUGGCGCUGGCGGGCGACGAGCGCUUCUACGGCGGGCUGCUGAUGCCGGCGCUGCAGCGGCUGGCGGGGCCCGAGGAGGCGCACGCGCUGGCCCUGCGCCUGGCCGCCCGCGGGCUCCUCCCGCGCGCCCCCCGCCCGGACGCGGCGCUCCUGGAGACGGAGGUCUUCGGGCGGCGCUUCCGCAACCCGCUGGGGCUGGCGGCGGGCUUCGACAAGCACGGCGAGGCGGUGGACGGGCUCUUCCGGCUGGGCUUCGGCUUCGUGGAGGUGGGCAGCGUCACGCCGCAGCCGCAGGAGGGCAACCCGCGCCCGCGCGUCUUCCGCCUGCCCGAGGACCGCGCCGUCAUCAACAGGUACGGCUUCAACAGCCACGGGCACGCGGCGGUGCGGCGCCGGCUGUGGGCGCGGCGGGAGGCGCAGCAGCGGCUCGGCGAAGCCGGGAUGCCGCUGGGGAUCAACCUGGGGAGGAACCGGAGCUCCGCCGACGCGGCCGCCGACUACGUGGCCGGGGUGCGCGCCCUGGGCCCGCUGGCCGACUACCUGGUGGUCAACGUCUCCAGCCCCAACACGCCGGGCCUGCGGGCGCUGCAGGGCAAGGGGCAGCUGCGCCUCCUGCUGGCCCAGGUGCUGGCAGAGAGGGACGCUCUGACCUGCGAGCGGAAGCCGGCAGUGCUGGUGAAGAUCGCCCCGGACCUCACUGCACAAGACAAGGAGGACAUCGCCAGGGUGGUGUGUGAGACAGGCGUUGAUGGGCUUGUGGUCACCAACACCACAGUGAGCCGCCCCAGCACUCUCCGUGGGGCUCUUCGUGAUGAAGAGGGGGGCCUGAGCGGGGCUCCCCUGCGCCAGCUCUCCACUCAGACCGUCCGCGAGAUGUACUCUCUCACCCAAGGCCGGGUACCCAUCAUUGGCGUGGGUGGGGUCUGCAGUGGUCAAGACGCCCUGGAGAAGAUCCGUGCAGGUGCCUCCUUGGUACAGAUGUACACCGCCCUUACCUAUUGCGGGCCGCCUGUCGUAGGUGCUGUGAAGCAGGAGCUGGAGGCUUUGCUGAGGAAACAAGGAUUUCAGAGUGUCAAGGAUGCUGUGGGAGCGGACCACCGCCUCUGAGGAAGCGUGGCUGAGAGCCACCCCAGCUGUGGCUGCUGCCACCACCCGGAGAUGCCUGUUUGGGCAGAGUGGGGGUGGGGCUUGGUGAUAUCCCCGAGGCCUGCUCUUCUUUUCAGAGUGUCUCUCUUCUAGUCCCUCUGGGCACCAUUGCUCCACAUGUCAGUUUUUCAGUCAAGAUUUUAUUUCCUACACAUUCUGGUAGCCUAGCAGCACCCUUUGUCUGGCAUUGAAGGAACAAAUGAUGCAAACAGCAGCCCAGGUUGGACUCAGCUUCUUUGACCAAAAAUUGAGUAGCAGUGCCAGACAUGGAUGGCAAGUUGAUGCUGUGCACUGCUGGUGCUAAGGCCUUCCCCCUUACCUGCUGAGAAUUGGCAAGGCCUGGUGUGAAAUGUCUGUGCAGGGAAAGAUGGGGAGGGCCCAUUUGCGUGAAGCCUGGUGACUGGCCCAGGAAUAUGUCCUGCGCUCCCUCCCUCCAUGUGCCUUGGUCUGUGGCUGGCACAGCUGAGGGGAAGGCCAUGCUGCCACAACAGUCUUUUCUCUGGCAGCAGCUUUUGCCUUCUCCUUACAUAAAGUUCUUGGCUCAGCGUCAGGAAUAAAAUGUAGUUUUGUUUA